GUGGACUCGGAUCUGAUCAGCUCUAAGUCAGAAGAUCGGGGCAUUUCAGAAGAUUUACCAUCUCGGUCAGAAGAUAACCUUCGGCGCCGUGCCUUUGUCCAUUUUGAUUGUCAGUCUGUGGGCGUUGACCUGGAGAACGUCAUCAGGCAACGUUUACAUGGAUUAUCCUAUAAAAAUAACACUUGUACGGGUGCAUCUGCGGCAUCGGGUCAAAGGAACAGUCUGGCACCAGAUAAAGAUGACCCAGAUAUUCUGGCCGACACCGAUGAAGGAGAUGGGAAGAGUAAUGACCUUGUUCUUUCAUGUCCAUUUUUUCGUAAUGAACUUGGGGGUGAAGAUGAGCGGACAGUUAGUUUAACAAAAGUGACAGCACACAAGAGGAUAGCAGGCACAAAUUCAGUUUCACUUCCAUUCAGCAAUGGCUACAGGUCUCAGGUUGGAAAAGAUUUUUUUUUUUUUUUUGUUGUUGUUGAAAGUGAUAGUCAUUUUGUAAUGAUUUUAAUCUUUGUUUAACUUAAAAACCACAUUGUUAUGUUUAAACACCAUACAGAAAUGGGAAGGAUGGGCUAUCAAAUUACUAGCUAACUAAUCACUUAAGAGCUUUUACUGCAUUAUAAAAGCUGUUAGAGUUGUAAAUUUAUUUUUCCUGCACUGAUCUUGACAAGUGUGUCAUCUUGUCAUAAUAUGGCACCUGAAACCCUGCAAUGAUUAGAAAGGUUGUGCUCUUAUUAUCACCAAAACUUGACCAUUCAUGUAUUAAACUAAUUUAAAUGUCGCCUUUGAUAUGAUUGCCUCAGGUUCGGCAUCCUGCAUGCUGUGGUGUGGCAAUACUCGAUUCAUCCCCAUCCCCCUCAGGGCAAAUUUUACCACCUCUCGUCUCCCAUCGGGGCCAUGUCAUUGAGUAUGUGGACCAUGGAGCUUAUUACUAUAGACACUUUUUUUAUACUCAAGGUAAAUUCAUUGCCUUAUUCAAUCUCAGAUAUGCAUUAUAUUUAAAAAUUAGUUUUAGUCAUGUCAAAAAUGUCUUAACUGUUAAUAAAAUACAAAAAAAAAUUUUUUUUUAAAGUCCAACUCAAAGGAAUAUUGUAAAUCUUUUUUGAUGUGUAUGUAAGUGUGUUCAAUUAAUCAACCUAAUGACAUAUCAUCUAUCUAUCGUAUCAGAUGUGGCUUUAAUUUUAAAGACUUUACUUUUUUAAAGUGUUUAAUGAUGGCACUGAUUAAUUUGAUGUCCAUUGGUGUUUCAGAACACCAGAACCUAUUUGGUGCAGAUGAGAACCUCGGUCCUGUAGCUAUCAGUGUAAGGAGAGAAAAACUCGACAUGGAAGACAGAAUUAACAACUUGGGGCGUUCUGAUUAUGGCACAUCUCAGUAUAGGAUUAUUUGUAGGACUAGUGAGGUAAGUCCUUAUUCCAAAAUUAAUGACGUGAUUAUUUGUAGAAGUAUAGAAAUAAGUUUGUUUAGCACAAUGCAUUGUUUGAUAUGAAAUGAAGGGGUUGUACUGUUUGAAGUGGGUUUUCGGGUUAGUUUUUUGUUGUAUGAACUGAAGCCUAAUGAGCUGUCAAAUAAGUCACCCAACAAGUGAUUAAUAGCCACUCCAGUUAUCUUUAUCAGAUUUUAAAAUACAAUUUGAAAAUGAGCUCCUACAAAAGUUAUUUGAUUCACCCUUUUAAAUUAUGCCUUAGGAAGCCAAAGGUAAUAUAUAUAUAUUUAUAUCACUUGAUAUCUUUCUUUUUUUAACUUCUCUUUUUUCUUUAAAUUAACUAGUGCAUGUCAGCUGGGUUUUUUUAGCCUUAUUUUGUUUGUGUAACUUAAAAAUUGAUUUAGAAACAGUAAUACUAGGAUUGUUAAGAGUAUAUAAGAAAAGGUUAAGAGUCUGAUGCUAUUUAUUUCCAAGCCUUAAUGAGAUAUGGUAGUUAAUAAAUAUAGAUUAUAUUUUUAUUUUUUUUAAAUGCGUUCUAUAAUUUUGUUGUCCAGCAAAGCUGUAUGAUCUUUUCUGCAAUGUAAGGCGCCACCUCAUUUCACUAUAUUAAACCCUGGUAGAUUGAUUUUGUGUAAAAAUCUGAUGGACAAGAAAUAAAUAAUUUAUUUGUGGUCAAAGUCUGGGUUCGACAGAAUAUUUUCAAUGUAUUGAAGACAAAUGUACUAUUUUUAGAACAUUGACAGCACAGACGUGUUGUGAUAGCUCCUAUUGUCAUCUGAUAUAUGAAUACCAGAUAUACCAGAUUUAUGUUUUAACCCCUUUCUUGAAUCCUUCUACAGAAUAGGGUUCGUGGGAGCUUCAAGGAUAAUGAAAUAAAAUGGAUUCAUAAAUACAAAUAUUAGUUAUUUUAACUUGACAAAAAUAUUAAAACUCAUUUUUCUUUAAACAAUCAAAAUGCACUUAAGUACUUUUUCUACUAUACCCUUCAUAUCUAUGUAUAUAUAUAUAUAUAUAUCUAACGGAAAUGUACAACCUAUUACCUGUUGUUUAGCUGACAACACUGCGGGGCUGUAUACUAGAGGAUGCCAUCCCGUCAAGACUGAGCAGCUCCAGGGGGAUCCCCAUUAAAGAUGUCCUAGAGAUGGCUGUGCCUGAGGUCCAGCUGUCCUGUUUGAGGCAGGCCGUGGCAGGACCAAAGACUUGUGAACAGCUACUCAAAUUAGAUGAACAAGGGGUGAGUAGUGCAGCUUUUCAACAGUUGAUGCGCACCGCCAGAAUUACAUGCAGGGAGCUUCUCCGGUACAGGAGGCAUGAAAGAUAUUAUUGUUAAUGCUGCUUUUAAAUUUACCAAAAUGAAAUUCACCACACAGAAAUAGUUACAAUUAUUUUCUUUCCCCAUUUACUUUUCAUGUGCACACACCUUCCACACCCACUCCUCUAUGUGCACACACCUGCCACACCCACUCCUCUAUGUGCACACACCUGCCACACCCACUCCCCUAUCCGCACACACACCCGCCACACCCACUCCUCUAUGUGCACACACCUGCCCCACCCACUCAUCUAUGUGCGCACACACCUGCCACACCCACUCCCCUAUGCUCACACACACCUGCCGCACCCACUCCUCUAUGCGCACACACCUGCCACACCCACUCCUCUAUGUGCACACACCUGCCACACCCACUCCCCUAAUCUCACACACACCUGCCACACCCACUCCCCUAUGCUUACACACACCUGCCACACCCACUCCCCUAUGCUCACACACACCUGCCACACCCACUCCUCUAUGCAUUUGUGCUAUGACUCAAAACAAUUUCAUUUAAUAGCUCACACUUCAUUUUAGGUUUCUGGUGGCUUUACUUAAAACUUUGAGUUGUGUGCCAGCAAGGUGGCUAUGAGUCAUUAUAGGUUUUGUUAGAUGUGGCUCGAUAACACUGUCACUUGAGACCUGAAUGGCUUCUUUUUGGUCAUACAUAAUAAUUAUUAGAAACCAAGAAAGCUCGUCGUUACUCUUCAGCAAGGAAAUAGUCACUAACGGUUUGUUCCUUCAGGUUAUCAUUAGAUAUUUAAUUUAACUUGGGGCGUACAUUUUGUCUUGUCUUGGACAUUUGUUGAACUUGAGUAUUGAAUACUUUUAUUAUAAAACACUGGUGUCGAUGACAGACUUCUAGGUUUGUUUCCAUGGACUGUAACUGUUCUUUUGUCUUCAGAUAAGCAAUACGUACAAAGUGGGCAUCAUGUACUGCAAGGCAGGCCAGAGUACAGAAGAGGACAUGUAUAAUAAUGGUAAGUAGAAUUCACUACUGUUACAUACCAUUAUUGUUUGAAGAUUUAAACUAUUCAUAUUUUGGCUCAUAGAAGAAACAAUAUGUAACAAAGGACUGAGGAGACAGUACCAAAGAUAAUGAUACUAACAAUAUUUAAUUCAAUUUUAAAAAUUAAUUUCUAUGCCAAUACAAAAUUGGGUACGGAAGCAGAAAACUAGAUCUACUUACAGCAAGUGAAAAAAGUACUCUCCUCAAAAUACAAAUAUUAAUUUACACAAACUAUUAUAUGACGUUUUCUAUAACAAAAAUCUAACUCUCACUAUCUGUCUUGCUUUGUCUAUGUCUCGCUGCUAAGAAAACACACAGCCUAUCUAUAUAGGAACCAACUCAGAACGGUUAAGUACAGAAAUUGUGUCACCUAAUGGCCUUCUUUAGAAUGAUGGAAGGCAUUCGAAUGUAAACAACCUUUUCCCAGAAAGGGGUGGGUAUGGGAUGGCACAGCACAUUUACUGGAUGAUGUCAAUAUCAAGACCAUACUCUAGUAUGGAGAUGAGUGUGGUGGCUAAAUAUAACAAGCCACCACUAUACUAGUGGAAGCAAGAGCUAUAAAUAGCUCUGUGUUGAAGUGAAAAAUUAGGGCGCGUCAUAGGCUUUAUCAUAAGGAUCACACAGACAUUACAAUAACUUUUAAUAAUAAUCACAACAGUAGACUGGGCGUGUAAAAUGUAUUGAGGUAUUUUUUUAUCCUCUUAUUGAAUUAAAUCUGUUCCUUUUUUUUUUUUUCUGCAUAUUCCGGCCGAGAGUGUUAAUGAGAUUAUGAACAAAUUACUGACAAAAAUGCAGGAAGUUUUUUGUUCAUAAAAUCCUUACAUUCAUUGUUCACACCUGUGCAACUCUUCUGUCAUUCAAAUUAUGCAUUUCAAUGAUAUAUUCAUUUAUAGAGUUCAGUGAACCGCCACUUGAAGAGUUCCUGAAUUUGAUCAGCCAGAAGGUGAGGUUGAAAGGAUUUGAGAAGUAUCGGGCUGGACUGGACUGUAAAAGUGAGUAACAGAUUAGUAGCUCCAUCUUGUUUAUUAAGGGGUUAUUUUCAUACUAUUAGUUAUAUUAUGGAGGUUACAUAACUGGGAUAGUUUCAGUGAACGUGUACCUUUGAUUUGUCCCCACUUGUCAUCUCAUGUGUUCAAUGCUUCAUGUUGACUUCCAGCCGACACAACAGGCACUCAUUCCUACUACACCACAUUUAACAACAACGAAGUCAUGUUCCAUGUGUCAACCCUGCUUCCAUAUACUCCUAACAACAAACAACAGGUAUGUACUGUACAUUCUUUGCUCAUUUAUUUCAGAUCAGUUUGCAAAUGUCAUUUACACACCCCCCACCUCCCACGGCCAUUUGUAAAAUUAUGCCUUUUAAAAAUGUUCGUUUUUAAACUCUUAGUCUUUACAUCCAUGUUUAAAGACAUGUUCAAAUUAGAUCUAUAUUUAAAGAUAUGUUCAAAUUAGAGCUAUAUUUAAAGACAUGUUCAUAUUAGAUCUAUAUUUAAAGACAUGUUUAAAUUAGAUCUAUAUUUAAAGACAUGUUUAGAUUUCAAUUGCAAUAUUUCUUCAUAUUUUAGCAAUAAAAAAGAGAAAUUGACCACUCUAAAAACCUUAUACUGCAUACUUCAUGAAUCAAAUUUUCACGGUCUGAUUUGAGAAGCUUUAAAUUUUUAUUUAAAAAAUAUUCAAUUUUAUUCAAAUAAAUUCAAGUUAAGGUAUCAAUUCUUUUGUUAAACUCCUUUUAUUGUUUAUGAAAUUUAAGAAAUGGAUUGUUACUAACCUGAUAUUACGAAGUUCAAUAGCUUCAAUGAAUUACAAUUACUCGACAAACCAUUGAUUCAUAGAUCAAUGGUCUCUUUAUUAAAUAUAAUACAACUCAUAAAAUAUAACUCUUUAGCACUGCUAUCGCUACACACCCUCUUACCCAAAAAUGACACAAAAAUUCAUAGCAUUUAGCAACAGCUACCCAAACACUCUCCAAACCAAACACCCAGCCACAAAACACAUACAAGUCCUUAACAUGGAUCAGGAAUUAUUAUUAAAAAAAUAUCCAUCAAACUGAAAUGAGUUCAAGAUAAUUAUUUUUUAAGGUAAAAUUUCUUUUGAAAUAGAUUUCAUCAAGACUAUUUUUUUCUUUCAGCUUUUACGAAAGAGACAUAUAGGUAAUGAUAUUGUCACAAUAGUAUUUCAAGAGCCCGGCGCUCUCCCCUUCACACCCCAGACGGUGAGGUCACAAUUCCAGCAUGUUUUUGUCCUGGUCAGAGUGAGCAAUCCUAACACAGACGGUGCACGCUACAGGUAACUGACAUUAUCAGUGCACAGCUAAAGGCUUUCUUUUAUUAUUAAUUUUAUUUUUUUAGGAAAUUGAUUUUUAAAAAAACAAGAAAGACGUUUCGUUUAGAGACUUUUCAAUCCUUAAGUGUCAUACCAAAAUUUGUGUGCCCUGUUCACCCACAAACAACUUAUAUGUCAUAUUAUUGCAUAUUGUGCUAGCUUUUCACACAUAAACAACUUACAUGUCAUAUUAUUGCAUAUUGUGCUGUGCUAGCUUUUCACCCACAAACAACUUAUAUGUCAUAUUAUGUCAUAUUGUGCUAGCUGAAAACUGAGCUGAUUAAUUAAUGAAACUUAAUAGAUGCCUUACUAAUGUUUCAUCUGCAGCAUUGCAAUAGCUCGAUCCAAAGAUGUCCCACCAUUUGGUCCACCCAUACCACAAAACUGCAGCUUUAAGAAAUCUCAAGAAUUUGUGGAUUUUUUGUUGGCUAAAAGUAGGUAGUUUCCAUCAACUUGCCACCUUUCCACGUGAGCUGCUCUGAACUACCAGUGAUUUUGAAUGAUAGAAUUAUAAUGAAAGAGUUAGCUUGAAGUACUGUAGAGUGACAGUGAGAGAAUGGUUAGCUUCUAUAUAACCUAUAGAGUGACAGUGAGAAGGUGGUUAGCUUCUAUAUAACCUAUAGAGUGACAGUGAGAAGGUGGUUAGCUUCUAUAUAACCUAUAGAGUGACAGUGAGAAGGUGGUUAGCUUCUAUAUAACCUAUAGAGUGACAGUGAGAAGGUGGUUAGCUUCUAUAUAACCUAUAGAGUGACAGUGAGAAGGUGGUUGGCUUCUAUAUAACCUAUAGAGUGACAGUGAGAAGGUGGUUAGCUUCUAUAUAACCUAUAGAGUGACAGUGAGAGAAUGGUUAGCUUCUAUAUAACCUAUAGAGUGACAGUGAGAAAGUGGUCAGCUUCUAUAUAACCUAUAGAGUGACAGUGAGAAGGUGGUUGGCUUCUAUAUAACCUAUAGAGUGACAGUGAGAAAGUGGUCAGCUUCUAUAUAACCUAUCGAAUGAUAUUGAAAAAAUGGUCAGCUUAUAUAUAAUUUAUAGAGUGAUAUUAAGAAAAUGGUCAGUUUAUAUAUAAAGUAUAAAGUGACUAUGAGAAAAUGAGUAGUUUAUAUGUAACCUCUAAAGUGACUAUGAGAAAAUGGACGGUUUACCUAUAACAUAUAAAGUGACUAUGAGAAAGUGAGUACCGGUAGUUUAUAUAUAACCGCUAAAGUGACUUUGAGAAAAUUGGCUGCUUAAAUAUAACCCAUAAAGUGACUAUGAGAAAUGGGUACUUUUUAUAUAACCUCUAGAGUGACUAUGAGAAAGGGGUACUUUUUAUAUAACCGCUAAAGUGACUAUGAGAAAAUGGGUAGUUUAUCGAAGCCAUAACACGAAAUGUCCUGUUUUCCCCAGUCAUCAAUGCAGAGAAUGCAGCCCACAAAUCAGACAAAUUUCUAACCAUGGCCACAAGAACAAGACAAGAGUACUUAAAAGACCUGGCUACCAACUACAUCACAAACACACCCAUUGAUUCAGGCUCAAAACUCAGUAAGUGCCAGUUCACUCAUUCUUUGCAUUUCUGUUUCAAACUUGUUUACUAAAUAUUUAUGGGAAUAGAGACCUAAAUCAGCAUUUUUGGGGCUAUAGUUUGUACUAAAUAUUAAUAACACCAUUUAUUUUGUACUAAACACUACAAACAAUUUAUUUUUGACACGUUGUAUGUAGCUAUUAAAACAAUGUGUUAGUUUGGGUGGUUUUUGAGAAGGUCAGUUGAAUACAAUUAUUGAUGUCUUCCGAGUUUUCUCCGGGGGAAGGGGGGGCCUGUACUUAAUUAUCCAUGUAUGGUUAUGUGGAAGCAAUGAGUUUAUACAUUUGAAAAUUAUUCUUUCCUCUCAGUGGCAGUACUUGAACCAUACGUUGAAUGCUCAUACUAGACAUUGAAUGUUCAUACUAUACAUUGAAUGUUCAUACUAUACAUUGAAUGCUCAUACUAGACAUUGAAUGCUCAUACUAUACAUUGAAUGCUCAUACUAUACAUUGAAUGCUCAUACUAUACAUUGAAUGCUCAUACUAUACAUUGAAUGCUAAUUUUCCAGGUAAAUUUGGUUUGGGCAGUGGCAGAAAAAGAGAAAAGCCUAAACAGAAAGUAGUGCCUGACAUGUAUGCUAAAGGUGCUGUGGUGUGGGAUGUACAGGUGGAAGAUAUGGGCACCGCCUCACAGGUAACUAGAGCUUUGAAAUGCCAUGACAUGUUUUUUAGCAGACCCUCUGAUGAUUGAGGUGGAAUGUUUGAGCUAGGACAUUUGUUGUUUUUGUGUCCAUCCCUGUAACUUGGUUGCCGUCCCCUUGCAGGUUGAAUGUUUACUGGCAGUUGCAGCGGACACCAUUGUGUUAGUGGAGGAAACCAACAAAGACGUCAUCUUUACAAUUCCUUGUAGCACAGUAAUCGGCUGGACACCUCAACCAAGCAGGUAAUCUAUAGAAAUUCCGUGAGACCAGGUGAGUGGCUGGGCACCUCAACCAAGCAGGUAAUCUAUAGAUAGUCCGUGAUGCCAGCUUUAGUGGAUAUGGUAACAAAACAUGUCAGUACACCUUAUAUGAGCCAGUAAAGCUUACAUGCACAAGUCAGUACAUCUUGCUUGCACAGUUCUCUACAUCUUAUAUGAGCCAACCAGUAAAGAUAAUAUGCACAGUUCAUUACAUCUUGCUUGCACAGUUCUGUACAUCUUAUAUGAGCCGAUGAGUUAAGCUUACAUGCACAGUUCAUUACAUCUUACCUGCACAGUUCAGUACAUCUUAUAUGAGCUGACCAGUAAAGAUUACAUGCACAGUUGAUUACAUCUUACCUGCACAGUUCAGUACAUCUUAUAUGAGCCGACCAGUAAAGAUUACAUGCACAGUUGAUUACAUCUUACCUGCACAGUUCAGUACAUCUUAUAUGAGCCGAUCAGUAAAGCUUACAUGCACAGUUCAUUACAUCUUACCUGCACAGUUCAGUACAUCUUAUAUGAGUCGAUCAGUAAAGCUUACAUGCACAGUUCAUUACAUCUUACCUGCACAGUUCAGUACAUCUUAUAUGAGCCGAUCAGAAAAGCUUACAUGCACAGUUCAGUACAUCUUAUAUGAGCCGAUCAGUAAAGCUUACAUGCACAGUUCAGUACAUCUUAUAUUAGCCGAUCAGUAAAGCUUACAUGCACAGUUCAGUACAUCUUAUAUGAGCCAAUCAGAAAAGCUUAGAUGCACAGUUCAGUACAUCUUGCUUGCACAGCUCAGUACAUCUUAUAUGCACAGUUCAGUACAAAUUAUAUGCACAGGGUGAGUGGGUGGCCAAAUGGUCUAAACUGAGCAAACCUCAAGUUGGUGGUCUUGUGUUCAAGUCCAGCCAAAGGCCAGUCAAACAAAAACAUCACCCCGGGUGGAUGAGACUCGUUAACCUUGGUCGGCAACUCAUCUAAGAGUAGGAAACUCUGAAUUCAAACCCCCCGGAGUUGGAGUCCCGUAAGGCACAAACAAUGACAAUUCCUGCAACCGAACCCAUCCCUGGUUGUCUUGACGUAGAGUCUUGCCACUGGAUAUGGUGGGCUCGGACGAGAGAGUGAGGUAGACGCCGCGCAACUCUUCUUCACUUUAAACAAAGUCACCCGCGCAAGUCAUCAGUCACCAGACGACUCGAUGGUCCUCGUCGAUCCUCGACGGACGAACAAUAUAAGCACAGUUCAGUAAUCUUAUGUGAUCUGAAUAGUAAAGCUUACAUGCACAGUUCAGUACAUCUUGCUUGCACAGUUCUGACACUUCUCUUGUCAACUUUUUAAAUUGAAUAUCAGAGCUAUUAACAGCAAAUAUUUUUUUCAAUGAAAACAUAAUUAAUUUUUAUUUGAUAGGUUUUCUGUUUUUUAUUUCCCCCCCCCCCCCCCCCUUAUUUUUUUCUGCCUUCAAUUAAAUGGGAACUGUUUGCUAAAAUCGGAAUGUUUUGUUAAAAUUCAAACUGUUUGUUGAAGUAAGAUAUUAUGUUUGUUAAAAUGGAAAUUUUAUUAAAAUGAUAACUGGUUUUUAAAAUGAGCACUGUUUGUUAUAAUGUACUGUUUGUUAAAAUAAGCACUGUUUGGUUUCAGUUUGCGCUUGUAUUUUGGAGCCGGUGAAUGUUUGUUACUUAGACCAAUGUCUGGGGAAGCAGAAGAGAUGCAAGAAAUUAUCACAAGGUUGAAAGCAGUCACACAUGGCACUGAGGUAUGUCUUUAUUAUUGAUGGCAUUUGCCCACAUCGGGAAUGUAUCAGUACAUAAGAUUGCAUUUGAACAAAUCAGGGAUAUAAUAGUACAUAUUAGUACAUUUGAUGGCAUUUGAGCAAAACAGGGAUAUAAUAGUACAUAUUGGUACAUUUGAUGGCAUUUGAGCAAAACAGGGAUAUAUUAUUACAUUAUAAUAAUACUAAGAGUUCUUAUGUAGCGCGGUACCCGCGCUGUACAUAAAAAUUUUUAUCAAAAGAAAUAUAAUUAUGACAUUAAAAUAAAAUACAUUUAUGAAAUAAAGAACAGCAAUGUAUAUUCACCCACCCCAACACAUAAAUUUUACAAGGCAAACCAUGGACGGCAGCCAGCAAGAUCAUUUAUCGGUCAGAGGACGGGAAUCAGUCAGGGUAGUAUAAUUUAAAAAGAUAUGUUUUGAGUGCAGUUUUGAAGGCCUGGAUGGUUGGUAUAUUGCAUAUGUGUAGUGGCAAGAAUUCCAUUGUUUGGGGGUGCAGAAAGAGAAAGAUCGUUCACCAUAUGUUUUAGUGUGUGUCUUGGGAACGGACAGAUUACGCGUGUCUGCCGAGGAGUGAAGCUGUCAUAGGGGUGAAUAGACAGAAAGAAGUUCGGUUAGAUAGGAAGGGCAGGAAUCCAAGAAAAAGUUGUGACAGAGAACAGACAACUUGUAGUCAAUGUGUGCCUGUAUAGGUAUUAUGAUUUUGAAAAAAUCAUGGAUAAAUUAGUACAUGAUAAAGCAUUUGAGCUAUUCAGGAAUAAUAAGUACAUGAUAUAGCAUUUGGAAACAAAAAUUCAGGGAUAUAUUAGUACAUGAUGCAGCAUAAGAACAAAUCAGGGAUAUGUUAGUACAUUAUAUAGCAAUUGAAAAAAUUGGGGAUAUAUUAGUACAUUAGAUGGCAUUUGAAGAAUUCAUGGAUAAAUAGCAUGACAUUUUGGGGUUUAAGCGAGGCCCAGGACACUCGACUUUUUGAGCCUCCCCAGUCCCUCCAUGAGUACACUGACAUUGCCAUGCGGGCACCCGACAGUUGUCCUUUGGAUGUGAUUUCUUGACCACACUUUACAGCAAACGGUGGCUGCUCCCAGCAAGGCCAGUUCCUUGGAGACUUAUGUGCACAAAAUAUAACACAUUUUUUAAAAGCUUUGUCGAGUAUUUCCAGCUAUUCCACUACUGUAAAAGUUUUGAACUAGCAUAAAUGUUCCCCAAAACAAUAAAAUAUUUCAUUUAAGUGUAGUUGAAAUACAAGCAUGGAAAAGAAAAGCAUUAUAGGUCUGAGUGGAAGGAAAUAGUGAGGCAGGCCAAAGCCUUACAUGGGCUGUAUGUAGCGCCACAGGGAUGGAUGGAUGGAUGGAUGGAUGAUAGUUGAAAUAAGAUUUUCCAUAAAUUCACUCAUUUUCACCAGUAUUAAAAGUUGUUGUUUUAUUUAAUUCCUGCAGCCAUUUUGUACUGGUUGUGUCGGGUCAAUACCAAGAUUCCUGCAGGACCUCAUUGUUUCCAUUUCUAAUCUAGUCCUGAUUUAUUCCAACAGACAUCGAAAAUGGCAUUGAAACGAAAUGGCUUGGGACAGCUGGGAUUUCAUAUUCAAUCAGAGGGGAUUGUUACAGAUGUUGAACCCUAUGGCUUUGCCUGGGAAGCGGGACUGAGAAAGGGAAGUCGUCUGGUUGAAAUCUGUAAAGUUGCAACAACCACACUGUCGCAUGAUCAGAUUGUGGAUUUGCUCCGUACAUCCGCGGUUGUCAAGGUCGUUGUAGUGCCUCCAAUGGAAGACGGAUCCCCAAGGUGA